GGGGGGUCUGGAGCUCUCUCUGGGCAGGGACUCCUUGCUGGGCACUGAAACCAUCCUGACAGUAAAAUUCAGCUCUGGAAAAACCACUGCCAGGGAGAUGCAGAGAGUAAGGAAGCAGAGGGCAGCCUGGGCUUGGAGAGGUAGUGGCCGAGACGGCACUUUUCGGGAGCUUCGGCUGGUGCAGGGCCAGAGUCCCUGUGCAGGACUCCCCGAGAUCAGAAACGUGAAUGGGGUGGACCGCCUCUGUGGCCUGCAUGUGGAGGAGGCCAUGGUGUUCUGCCGGGAGCUGGGGUGUGGUCCUGUGCUCCAGGCCCCCCGCCGGGAUGUGGGCGUGGUCAGAAAGUACCUGGCCUGCAAGGGUACCGAGCCCACCAUCCGCAGCUGCAGACUGGACAACAAUCUCCGCGGCGGCUGUGACCCGCAGCUGGACGCACAGGUGAUCUGCUCAGGUGAGGCCGCCGCCCGACACUUCCAGCGACCCCUGGGUGAUGCUGGGCCUGGACGGGCUGGGGCUGGACUUGGAGAGAGCAGGGGGAAGUGGGGUGGGUGUUCCCACAGAUGGGCCCCCGUUCUGCCUGAGACAUUGGGUGUCGACGUGGUGCAUCUGCACGCUGGAGGGAAAGGGCCUCAGCUCUCGUGGCGGGUUCUCAGGAGAGUGGAGCUGAGUUUCUGGUGGCCCCACAGAGGAGUCCUGGCUCAGAACCCGCAGGCCAUCUGGGGGUCCUGGCUGCUGGGGCAAGUGUGAGCUGUUUCAGCUGUGAUCACUGCGUGUCUAACAUGGAUCUGGGGUGGGUAGAAGUCACUUCCUCCCAGCCCUGCCUCCGGUGUGUGUAAGCCUCCCUGGCCUCACAGCUCCUGGCCUUGUGAGUAUGAGGGGCAGCUGAAAUGAGGUGGAUAGUCACCUGCUGCAGUGCCCCAGAGAGGGUGGUGCUCAGUGAACCAAGGGGUGCCUUGACCUGGCCUCUGGGAUUGCAGAAGGUAUGGAUGUCAUGACCAGGACACAGAGGCUGUGAAACACGUGGGCACCUGCAGAAGGUGACCCUGACCCUGACCUUGGUGAUGCG